AUGGCCGCCACCGCCUCAAGCUUCCUUUUACAGGACCCAACCCUCAGAUUGAAAGAACACCUAUACCACUCUCCUCAAUCCCCGGCCCACAAUUCCUUCGCCUAUCUCAGGGUUUUUCGCAUCAAAUCUCUCAGAACACUCGGCGUCAAAUGCUAUCUUUCGCCCAUCAAUGAUGGGUCCGAUCGCCCUUACCAGGAUAUUGGUCAGAAGAAUGGCGUAUUCGCGAAAUUGGAGACCGAUAAUAAGAGGAAUCAUUUUGAGCUUGUGUCUAGCUGCAUAAAAAAUGCGCUCAAGGCGCUGAAAAGACCCGCGGCGGCGGCUGUUCUCGUGGGGCUGCUGUUGGUGCACAACCCUGAUUGGGCGCUGGCCGCGGGCUCCGGUGGGCGUAUGGGCGGCAGUUCCUUCUCUUCGCGGUCUUCGACUUCGUCCUCGUCGAGGAGUUACAGUGCUCCUAGGUCGAGGUCGUCUUUGGGAUCCGAUUCUGGUUUCUCAUAUUCCGUUCCGUACUACGCGCCCUCUCCGUUUGGCGGCGUGUUCUUAGGUCCGGCCGUCGGAGUGGGGUCCUCUGCUUCCCUAAUUUUCGUUGCGUUCGUGGCGUUUAUUUUGGUUUCUGGGUUUUUGUCCGAGGGUUCCGAGAACAGUAGUCUGCUCACGGCUACUGAGAAAACGAGUGUGUUGAAGCUGCAGGUGGGGUUGUUGGGUUUAGGGAGGUCACUCCAGAAGGAUCUCAACCGAAUUGCAGAAACCGCGGAUACAUCAAGCUCAGAGGGUUUACACUAUGUAUUGACUGAGACGGUGCUAGCUUUGCUUCGGCAUCCUGAUUAUUGCAUUUCUGCCUAUUCUUCAGUUGAUAUAAAGAGGAGCAUGGAAGACGGGGAGAAAAGAUUUAAUCAACUUUCUAUUGAAGAACGUGGUAAGUUUGAUGAGGAAACUCUUGUCAACGUCAACAGCAUUAGAAAGCAGAGCUCAACUCGCCUGAGAGCAAGUGGAUUUAGCAAUGAGUACAUAGUGAUCACGAUUUUGGUGGCAGCCGAAGGACAACACAAGCUGCCUUCUAUCAAUAGCAGUAAAGACUUGAAAGAAGCUUUACAAAAGCUAGCAUCCAUCCCAUCACGUAAAACUCUGGCGGUUGAGGUGCUGUGGACCCCUCAAAAUGAAGAUGAUACUCUAUCCGAACGAGAACUACUGGAAGAUUAUCCCUUAUUGCGUCCUCUCUAA